AUUCUCAUACAAGAAAAAUCUCCCCAAAUCUCCAAUUCUUCAGUCUUUUUUAUUUUUUAUUUUAGUAUUGAUUGAUUAAUUAAGAUAUUGAGUUUGGAAUUUUUGAAAGCUCUACGAGAUGGAGGCCGCAGCGGGCUCGCGAAUUGUUUCCCAGAUUAAUUUUAAUCAGAAUUCGGCAUCGUUCCGUGAAUCUAAAUCGAUGUCAACUUUGUUUAAUGCAUCUAAAAUUUCUGUGCGUUCGAAUUCAAACAACAAGACAAAAAGUAUUGCGAGAGGACUGUCUCUAAACUGUUCGGUGCAAAAGGACUUUGUUGGUAGAACAUUUGCCUCGACUGGAGUAUGCAAUUAUCCAAGUGGUGUUAUUGAAUCAAUUUCCCAUACGGCAGAGGAAAAAAUAGGAGUGAUUCUUUUGAAUCUUGGAGGGCCCGAUACGCUGCAAGAUGUUCAGCCUUUCUUGUUCAAUUUGUUUGCUGAUCCCGAUAUUAUCCGGCUUCCUAGGAUGUUCCGGUUCCUUCAACGCCCCUUAGCACAGCUGAUUUCGACUUUGCGAGCUCCCAAAAGUAAAGAAGGCUAUGCUGCCAUUGGAGGCGGUUCACCUCUGCGUAAAAUAACAAACGAGCAGGCAAAUGCAAUAAAAUUGGCUCUGGAAGCUAAGGAAGUUACAGCUAGCGUCUAUGUGGCAAUGCGUUAUUGGCACCCAUUCACCGAGGAAGCAGUUCAUCAGAUUAAGAGAGACGGGAUUACAAGGCUUGUAGUAUUGCCACUUUACCCUCAAUAUUCUAUCUCAACCACUGGAUCGAGCAUCAAUGUCCUUCGAGACAUGUUUAGGAGUGACGCAUCUUUGUCAAAACUACCUGUUGCUAUCAUACAGUCAUGGUAUCAACGGCAAGGCUAUAUUAACUCUAUGGCUGACUUAAUCGAAAAGGAGUUAGAAACUCUCCCAACCCCACAAGAGACCAUGAUAUUCUUUAGCGCGCAUGGAGUUCCUGUCAGUUAUGUAGAGAAUGCAGGUGACCCGUAUAGAGAUCAGAUGGAAGAUUGUAUUUUUUUAAUAAUGCAAGAACUUAAAUCAAGAGGAGUUAACAAUGAUCACACUUUGGCUUACCAGAGCCGUGUGGGACCCGUGCAAUGGUUAAAGCCGUACACCGAUGAAGUUCUUGUUGAGCUUGGCCGUCAAGGGGUGAAGUCUCUCCUCGCUGUUCCAGUGAGCUUUGUGAGCGAGCACAUAGAGACACUAGAAGAGAUUGACAUGGAGUACAGAGAAUUGGCACUUGAGUCGGGAAUUGUUAAUUGGGGCCGUGUCCCUGCUCUAAACUGCACUUCGUCUUUCAUAGCUGAUAUGGCUGAUGCAGUAAUUGAAGCAUUGCCUUCAGCACUGGCAAUAUCUAACCCCUCUGAUACUACCACCUCCGAAGAAACCGACAAUGACUUAUUAGGUUAUGUUGUCAAGAUAUUUUUCGGUUCGAUCGUGGCAUUCUUUCUGCUUUUAUCACUAAAAGCUGCAUCGGCAUUGAGGAAGUACGUUAUAUGAAAAAAGACAGAUUACUCUUAAGAUGAGUAUCGACACUGUUAUACUAUAGAGCCCUUUUAAAAAAUGCUUUUGCAGAUUACACUUUUGAUGAAAUGUAGAAUAGAGAUAGGGAGGGGGCAUAAUCCUUCGUGCAAGCGCUUGUUUAUUUCUGGUGAAAAUUGUUGGUUUUUUUUCUCUGUUUUUUUUCUUUUUCUUUGUUUUCUUCUGGAGAUGUUGUAUUUGAGAGUUGGUUCGAUAAUCUGAUAGAAGAUAUAAUGGAGGAAAAUAUAGAAAAAGCAAAUGCAGUGUUCAAUUUAGUAUUGAUGCAUUAUAUGUUUAUUGGUGAAAUGUUAUAAAAUAAUAGCAGCAGUUCAAUACAUAUUCCUUAUCGUGUGGCA